AUGCGCAAGGUCGAGACCGGGGGAUGUCGAAUGCCGGACCAGAACGUGGAACUCAGCUGGAGCGUCGAGCAACGCCUUGAAUUCAUUGAGUUUCGGCUGUUUUGGGAAGGGAAGGUCAGACGCGCGGACCUUGUGGAUGAAUUCGGGAUAUCGGUCCCUCAGGCUUCGGCCGACAUCCAGCGGUACGACGCCUUGGCUCCAGGAAACAUCGAGUAUGAUGCCAGUGCGAAAACCUACGUCAUAGCCGCGGCCUUCAAACCGCUUCUUUUCAAGCCAUCGGCACGGCGUUACUUGAACUACUUGCGAUCUAUUGCCGACGGGGUGCUGCGUGCCGAGGAGGUCUGGCUCGGCUGGAUGCCAUCAUUCGAUGUCGUGCCGUUAGUUCGGCGCAAGCUAGACGCAUCCAAGCUUCGAAGGGUGCUCGAGGCUAUUCGCCAUUGCUCAAGCAUGAAGAUUGAGUACCAGUCGAUGAGGCGUCCGGAACCAACCACUCGUCAGAUUUCACCACACGCCCUCGGAUUCGACGGCUUUCGAUGGCAUGCCCGAGCGUGGUGCCAUGCGCGUCGCGAGUUCCGAGAUUUUGUUCUGGCGAGAGUAAUCUCAAUCUCCAAAGCGCCGCCCUCCGACAUUGAUCCAAAGCACGAUUUUGCAUGGCAUCAUUACAUCGUGCACAGGAUCGGCCCUCACCCCAAAUUAGCAGCUGGUGCUCGAAAGGCGAUAGAGCUCGACUACGGAAUGAAGGAUGGCAUCCUAGAAAUCCGAACUAGAGCUUGCCUAUCAUUCUAUUUGUUGCGGCACCUACGGCUAGAUCUCGCGUCACUCGAAUUGGAUCCAGCUCAACAACAGAUAGUUCUGCUCAACGCGGCUGAAGUCGAGCGACAGGCGCAAAAGCACGCCUAG